AUGGCAAGCCGCACUUACGCGGCCGAGAAUAGUAAAAUUCAAUCUGCGGGUGCGCAGGUGCUAGGCGGGGAUGUGAUGGAUGCAAUCAAGAGGUCUCCUAGGGUUACUUCGGGUCACCCUGUUCGAUGGGAGAUUCAUGUGGAAAUCCAUUGGUCGCUUGGGCGUGACCGCUUGACAGUGGAUGUUAGUGAAAAUGAACCCUAUUCCAUAUGGCACGUAAAAUUUGUGCAAAGUAUACGACUACGUGGUAAUUCUGAAGAGGUCAUCGCUGCUGUUGUAACUUCUGAUCAGCACCGUCGUGGCCUAUAUUUGGUAACCGUCAGUAGUGUUUUUGAGUCUUCGUUAGAACUUAAAGAUAUAGACCACACAGAAAUUAGAAACAGCCAUCCGGAGAAGAUUGCAAGCCCGAGCCAUGGGUAUGAGGUUCUUUGA